AGAUUUCAUAAAUUUACAGAUUGAAGAUGACACGCACAGUUGUCCCUAGUCCAAUUGUUCAUGAACUUCUAAACAAAAAUAACUAUGAAGAAUGGAGUUCGCAAGUUAAAACCUAUCUGUUGGCAGAAGAUCUUUGGGACGUUGUAGAAGCCACCACUGAGCCCCCUGAACAAGAAGAUGAUGAAGUUGAAUUUAAAGCUUGGAGGAAGAGUAAUGCCAAGGCUUUGCACUCCAUCCAGAUUUCUUGUGGGGUCGAAACAUUUUCUUUUAUUAUGGGCGACAGAACAGCCAAAGAUGCUUGGGAAAUUUUGAAAGAAACGCUGAAACCAGCUAAAGCAACCCAAGCCACAAGAACCGAGGAGAUAUCCAACGAUCACACAAAUAGCAACUCAAUCACUGCUGAGGCAGAGCCAAAGAAUGAUGUCAUAGAAGAAUUGCCCCUUGAAGGACACGAAGACAACCACGUUAAUCAAACUUUGCUCAAUUUGGUGAAGAAGGAAGAUUGGGAUGCUGCAAUGGAGCUUCUUAAGCGACAUCCCAAGGCAGUAACUGCAGGACAUGAGACCGAUGGGACAAUUCUUCACUGGGCAGUCGUUUCUAAGAAGGUGGACAUUGCAAAAGAAUUGGUGCACUUAAUGACACCAAAAGACUUGGAAAUAAAAGACAAUUUUGGUCUUACCGCUCUUCAUUUGGUUAUAUGCGGUAUUCCAGAAAGCGUCGAACUAGCAAAAUGCAUGGUUGAAAAGAACAAGAAGUUACUCAGUAUUGUCUUUCCUCCCGAGAAAACCGACCCACUUAUGACCGGCAAAAACACCCCACUUCUCGAGGCUCAGCUUUAUGAAGGAGGAGAGAAAAUGGCUCGAUACCUUUAUUCUGCCACUCCGUACGAAACCUUGAACGAUUCCGAUUGCGCUACACUUAUUAUCCACGGUUUUAGGUUAAAAAGAUUUGAUAUUGCGUGGGAUUUAAUUCAGCGCAACCCAAAUUUAGCCAUUGCGAAAAGCUACUAUGGGGAAAUACCCUUAAAUGAACUAGCUGGUUUGAGUUCUGCAUUCUUAAGUGGAAGCUCGCUGAAUUUCUGGGAACAAUGGAUUUAUGACAGCAUAAAAAUAAAACCAAUGCCUACCAUUGAAACCACUGAUGAUGUUUGUAUAAACGUUCAAAAACCGGAAAAUGGCGACCAAAGUAAUCAAAUGCAAAGGCAUCUCAUUUGCUCAGAUACAAGUUUAUUUCGUGGACUAGUUGUCAAGACUUUGGACAAACUUUUGGGAUUCAAUGGUAUAUAUCAAAUGAGACAGGCCCAUUCUCGGAUCCUUCAAUUCCUACCUCGCAUGUGUGAAGUGACGGAAAAUAAAGAUGUCAAAGAAUUGCAAGGCUUGAAAAAAGCAAUGUUCCUAGCAGUAAAAAAAGGGCAUGUAGAGUAUAUUACUCAUUUAUGCAGAGCAAAUACUAGUCUCAUGUUCGUCACUAAUGAAAAAGGCCGGUUUAUCUUUCAAGUUGCCGCUGAAUGUCGUCAACAUAAAGUUUUUAGUCUAUUAUAUGGAAUAUAUAAUCAAAACUUCCAAAGAACGUUUGCAUGUAUGGCAGAUAAGUCGAAGAAUAAUCUAAUGCAUGUUGUAGGAACUAUUUCCUCCGCUGCACGGAUUAAUCAUAUUCGUGGUGCAGCUUUGCAAAUGCAAAGAGAACUACAGUGGUUUGAGGAGGUGAAGCAUAUGUCAAUUGCCUCAGCUUUUGAUGCAAUUAGUGAUACAGAUAAGAUGACACCACGUGAAUUAUUUACCAAGGGUCACGAGGAAAUGGUGAAAGCGGGUGAAAAGGCAAUGAAAGGAACCGCAACAUCUUGUACAGUCGUAGGGGCUCUCAUCGUUACUAUCACGUUUGCUGCAGCAUUUACAGUUCCUGGUGGAAAUAAUCAAGAUACAGGUCUUCCUAUAUUCUUAAGUAAGAGGGCAUUCAAAACUUUUAUAGUUUCAGAUGCUAUAUCACUCUUUUCUUCCACAACUUCAGUAAUGAUAUUUUUGGGAAUCCUCACAUCGCGUUAUGCGGAAGAUGAUUUCCUCAAAUCAUUGCCAACAAAAAUGAUAUUAGGCCUUAUCACCCUUUUUUUAUCUAUUGCGGCAAUGAUGAUAGCUUUUUCUUCAGCCCUUUCCAUUAUGCUUCAUGGAAAAUCAUCUAUUGCUAUUCUACUUACUUUGCUUGCAAGUGUUCCAGUUGCAUCUUUCAUGUGGAUGCAAUUUCCCCUCCUUCUUGAGUUAGUCAUUUCUACUUAUGGAGCUGGCGUGUUUGACAGGAAAAUAAAAGAUUGGCCUAAUAAAGACCCUAAAUACUCGGCCUCGUGUUAAUGUUAUUAUAAAUGAUGCUUAUUAGUUUUGGAUAGCUAUAAUUUUUUUUUUAAGUUUGUAACGAAAAGUUGUUUGGAUCCUGUAUAAUAAAGCCAAAUCCACCAUGGUUGUAAUGGAAAGACA